AUGAAAUCUUUGUGGUCGGUUGCAUUUCUAGUGUUACUCGCCAAUUCGGUUUAUUUAUAUCCUGCCGAUGGUAACAUUUCCUACAAAGGCUACAAGGUCUAUAAAUUGCAAAUUCAAAAUGCAGAACAACGAGCUUUCUUGCUUGAUUUCGCAAAGUCCAACGGAUCCAAGAUAAGCAUUUGGCAGGAAGACACAAUGACUAUGGAUGUAUUAGUGGAUCCUCAGAUGCAGAUUCAUUUCAAAAAUUAUAUCCAAGCAAAAAAUAUUGACAGUAGAGAGAUGAUAUCCGAUUUGCAAAGCCUAAUUGAUGAGGAAAAUGGUCAAGGGGCGACUAAAUCUGAUGAAUUCAGUUGGACACGCUACCACGAGCUUGAGGAUAUCUACAAGUUUUUGGAUGAUAUGUUAAGCAAAUAUCCCUUGGUAACAGAAGCAUUCACUAUUGCUCAAUCUUAUGAGGGUCAAAUUGUCAGAGGGAUAAAAAUUUCUUUUAAAUCAGGCAACCCCGGUAUAUUCAUCGAGUCAAAUAUUCAUGCCCGUGAGUGGAUAACCUCGGCCACAGCCACCUGGUUUAUCUAUGAGCUAUUAACAUCCCACGAUCUGGAAGUGAGGAAUUUGGCAGAAAACUAUGAUUGGUACAUUGUGCCGGUAUUAAAUGUGGAUGGUUUUAUCUACACCCACAAAAAGGAUCGGUUGUGGCGAAAAACUCGUCAACCUGUGGCACACUCUGACUGCAUUGGUACCGACGGCAAUCGUAAUUUUGACUCCUUGUGGAUGGUUAAUGGUGCAUCGUCAAAUCCCUGCGACCAGGAUUAUGCAGGACCAGCAGCAAACUCUGAGCCCGAAAUUAAAGGAGAGUCUGAAUUUUUGCUAGCAAAUAAGGAUAAGCUGAACAUACUUUUGGCUUUCCAUAGUUAUUCGCAAAUGUUGUUAUCUCCAUACGGCCACAGCCGUGACGAAGUACCACCAAAUUUUGAUGAUCUUAUGCAGGUUGCAGAAGCAUAUGCGAAAGCGGUAGGCAGCUUACACUAUGAGAGUCAGUACACCUACGGUACAUCUGGAGGGGCUAUGUAUCUUGCUCCAGGUGCAACUUUAGAUUAUGCCUACAACGAAGCGGACAUUCAAAUAACCUAUACUAUUGAAAUGCGUGACACGGGCAGACACGGAUUUGUUCUACCACCAGCGCACAUUUUGCCCAAUUGUGCAGAAACCAUGGCUGGUAUUGUGGCCCUGGUCAAGGAAGCUGAUCGUUUGGGCUACAUGCAACCUAAAUAUAAAGCUAUUAAUUGA